AUGGCCUCCAUUAGUCUGCUAAAUCCUAAGGCUGAGUUUGCUCGUGCUGCUCAAGCGUUGGCGAUUAACAUUACGGCGGCGAAAGGCAUUCAGGAUGUAAUGAAGACAAAUCUCGGCCCGAAGGGAACAAUGAAAAUGUUGGUUUCGGGUGCCGGUGACAUCAAAAUAACCAAGGAUGGUAAUGUGCUGCUGCACGAAAUGCAGAUUAAGCAUCCGACCGCUUCGCUCAUUGCCCGUGCCAGUACGGCCCAGGACGAUGUAACCGGUGAUGGAACUACCUCGAUCGUGUUGAUCAUCGGCGAGUUGCUGAAACAGGCGGAUCUGUACAUCGGGGAUGGACUUCAUCCACGCAUCGUUGCGGAAGGUUUCGACCAGGCCCGGCUGCAGGCAUUGGAAAUUCUGGACCAGAUUGCACACCCGAUCGAGAUUAAUCGCGAAAAUCUGCUCAACAUUGCCCGCACAUCGCUCCGUACCAAGGUGCACCCGGAUCUGGCCGACUUGUUGACAGACGUGUGCGUUGAUGCGAUCCUAGCUAUUCGCAGCGAUGGCAAACCGGUCGAUUUGCACAUGGUGGAGUUGAUGGAGAUGCAGCACAAAUCGGCCACCGAUACACAGCUGGUCAAGGGCAUCGUUAUGGAUCAUGGUGCGCGUCAUCCGGACAUGCCCAAGCGCGUCAACAAUGCGUACAUUCUUACGUGCAACGUAUCGAUGGAGUACGAGAAGUCGGAGGUGAAUUCGGGAUUCUUCUACAAAACGGCUGAGGAGCGCGAAAAGUUCGUGUUGGCCGAGCGCGAGUUCAUCCAGGAGCGCGUCAAGAAGGUGAUUGAGCUGAAGCGUAAGGUGUGCGAAGGUACGGACAAAACGUUCGUCGUCAUCAACCAGAAGGGCAUCGAUCCGAUGUCGCUGGAUAUGCUGGCGAAGGAAGGAAUUGUGGCGUUGCGUCGCGCGAAGCGCCGUAACAUGGAGCGCCUGGCGUUGGCUUGCGGCGGUAUGGCGAUGAAUUCGUUCGACAACAUGGACGAAUCGUGUCUCGGUUUUGCGGGACAAGUGUACGAGCACGUGCUAGGCGAGAACAAGUACACGUUCGUCGAGGACUGCAAGAACCCGCUGUCGGUAACGAUUCUGAUGAAGGGCCCCAACAAGCACACGCUGUUACAGAUCAAGGAUGCGAUUCGCGAUGGCCUGCGCUCGAUCAACAACGCGAUCGAGGACAAGAAGCUGAUACCGGGGGCGGGUGCUUUCGAGGUGCGUGUGCACAACAAAUUGCGCGAGUACGCCAAAACCGUGAAGGGAAAGACGCGGCUUGCGAUUCACGCGUACGCUGAUGCUAUGCUCGUGGUGCCGAAGAUUCUGGCCGUCAACAGUGGGUACGAUGCGCAGGACACGAUCGUUCGGCUGCAGGAGGAAGGGCUGCUGAACGAGGACCCGAUCGGGCUGGAUCUUUCUACCGGUGAACCGAUGAAACCGGUCGAUCUGGGCGUGUUCGAUAACUAUAUCGUGAAGAAGCAAAUUCUCAACUCCUCUACCAUUAUCGCCGUUAACAUUUUGCUGGUGGACGAAAUCAUGCGUGCCGGUAUGAGUAGCCUUAAAGGUUAA